AGUUAGCACAUUGUUCAUGCUACCCAUCAUUCCUUUCUCUUUCCUCUUCUUUCACUGCUCACACCAUUAUUCUAUUUUGUUGCAUCUGAGGGGGGUGAUGGUAUCAUUGUUGAUGACUUCAGUUUUGCCCCUUCUUCUAAGAACUACAAUUUUCCUUUUCUCAGAAUCUGUCUUUGAUGGACAAGGCAGCUGCUGAACUUCAACGUGAGGCAGCAGAUCCUGCUAUUCUUCUCCACCAUCAUCAGUGUUGUGCUGGAAAUGGGAUAGGUGACAGUACCUCCUUGAUUCCAGAGUCCAGAAGACCACACCUCUCCUCUCUGCAAAUACCAGCAAGGUCAGUGGAAAAUACAUUAUCCUCUUUCACAAAGACAGAUGGUUCUACAUUGAUAUCAAGUCCAGGUUCCAGUAGAGGACUUCCCCCAAGGCCAAAUUCAGCCAGAGUCAAGUCCACUAUGAAAAGUUUGCUCUCUGAGAGGAGCUUUAGGGCUAAGAAUGGUUCACAAGAUACUGAAAGGACGGUUCUUAUUGUUCCUGAUAACUUACCAUCAGAUUGUCCUCUGGCUAAGCCUUCAACAUCUAAGCCUUCUACUUCUAAGCCUUCAACUUCAAGGUCCCUUUCUCUUAACAAGAUUCUGUUCGCUUCAUCAUCCAAAGCCGCACAUUCAUUGCCAGUUACUCCAACUGCAAAUUCAGGUGCAGAGAUUGUACAAGGAAGACAUCCAGGGUGUGAUUCUGAUUUAAGUAAAAGGGAAGUAAAUCAGCACAUUACUCGAUCGGUUUCCGUUCCUGUUAAUAUCAAAGCCGCUAAUUUAAGACGUACAGAUUCUAGAAGGUUGGUUCGUGUAAUUUCGGCAAGAUCACUUCUAACAACUGCUGAAGGCAUCUCAACUCAGAAUGCUUCGGGAUCAGAGAUUGUUGUUGAAGAUACUUCUGAGGAUAUUCCAGAGGAAGAUGCAGUUUGUAGGAUUUGUUUGGUUGAGCUUGCAGAAGGAGGUAAUACUCUUAGGAUGGAGUGCAGUUGUAAAGGUGAGCUUGCACUUGCUCACCAAGACUGUGCAGUAAAGUGGUUUAGUAUCAAAGGAAACAAAACCUGUGAUGUCUGCAAGCAAGAAGUCCUUAACCUCCCCGUAACACUCUUGAAAAUUUCUAAUCCUCAAACUGUUGCUCCGCAGCCAAUGAAUGCAGCAGGACCACAGCAGAGAGAAGUGCCUUCUUAUAGGAUAUGGCAGGAUUUAUCAGUACUUAUCUUGGUCAGCAUGCUUGCAUACUUUUGUUUUCUUGAGGAACUACUGGUUUCAGAUAUGGGCACUCAUGCUCUUGCUAUUUCAUUGCCUUUCUCCUGUGUUUUAGGACUCCUUUCAUCUAUGAUUGCUUCAACCAUGGUGAACGGUAGUUACAUGUGGGCCUAUGCUUGCUUCCAGUUUGCAAUUGUCAUCCUGUUUGCUCAUGUGUUUUAUACCAUACUUAAUGUUAAUGCCAUUCUCUCAGUUCUUCUCUCCUCAUUCACUGGAUUUGGGAUUUCAAUCAGCUUGAAUACUCUGGUAACGGAAUAUGUUAGAUGGAGAAUGAGAAGACUGAUUCAAUCUUCUACCACACAGCAACUGCGUCGUGAUCAUGCACACCACCACCAAGAACAUCAAAGACUGCAAAGGCCACAGCAUGAGCAGCACCAAUGACGGUCCUUUGCAAAUAUGGAGAAUUGUUUGCUUAUAGCCUAGAAGCUACCAAGGUUUCGCUUUUCCACUUUGGUAAUGAAUGAAUCUAUCAUGAGCAGUGUUUUGUAAACUUCGAAUACAUAUGAAGAUAUGACUAUUUCUUGAACAGGACAUUUUUUCUCGUCCCAAAUGAAAGUGUAAAUUAAAGUGUUUCUUGUAUUGUUAAUGCUGAGACUUGCUAGACACUGAAAAAUUAAAUGCAUUUUUUUUAUCUCCAUGCUUCAUGGAA